AUGUUGAAGACUCUCGGCAAGCCACUCGUCUGCUCGAUGGGAAACCACUCAACUCACAUCAGACGGAACCCUAUUGCAAAAUCCAAUGCGUUUUCUCAAAACCAACUGCAUAAGGACAAGCAUGUCAACAAUACUCAUACGACGGCAGUAGACAGAGAGAAACCGACGGCGCUGUUACCUCCACCAGUCGUCAUAGCUCCUGAUGCGUCAUCAGCUAUCGCCAACCACGACCGCAAAAUCAGCCAGCCUUCUGCCCCGCCCGCUAUCUACACAGACGGGAGUGCACUCGACACACGAGUCGGCGCAUCCGCAUUUGCACAGUCUUUGGGCACAUACCGUCAAGAUCACCUCGACACGAGGUCUUCGACUGCGGUAGAAACAGCUGAACUGAUGGGCAUCGCGAUGGCUAUUGACAUCGCUAUCGAUACCGAACUCCCUGAAUUUUUGGUUUUCAGCGAUAGCCAAGCUGCACUGAUAGCGAUCCAGCAGCAAAUGCAAAAAUCAAACCCCUAUAUCGUCGACGCGUUGGCCGAGAACUUGCAAAAGCUACGUGGCGGUGGGGUUCGAAUGGAACUACACUGGGUACCGGGUCACAAGGGAAUCGCAGGGAACGUGGAGGCAGACAAGCUUGCAAAAGAAGCGGCAAGGGGCGAGCAGUAUCAUGACAACGAUCUAAGAGCUAGGGACAACACAAGUAUGAGACACAGAUUGCCCAUGUCCGCUACUUGCUAA